AUGUGUUUGAGGAGGAGCUUCACCUGGGCUUCUUCAGAUGAAACCCGUCUGGUCAAAACCCUCUUCACUGGCUACAAUAAGGUUGUGCGUCCCGUCACUCACUUCAAGGAGCCCGUGGUUGUAACUGUGGGGCUUCAGCUCAUCCAGCUCAUCAGCGUGGAUGAGGUCAACCAAAUCGUGAGCAGUAACGUGCGGCUGAAACAGCAAUGGAAAGAUGUGAACUUGCAGUGGAACCCGGAGGAUUACGGCGGUAUCAGAAAGAUCAGAGUUCCCUCCACUGACAUUUGGCGCCCUGAUCUAGUUCUCUACAACAACGCCGAUGGGGACUUUGCCAUCGUACAUGAGACCAAAGUGUUGCUGGAGUAUACGGGGAUGAUCACAUGGAACCCACCUGCCAUCUUCAAGAGCUACUGUGAAAUUAUCGUGCUGCAUUUCCCCUUUGACCUCCAGAACUGCAGUAUGAAGCUGGGGACUUGGACCUAUGAUGGAAACCUGGUCGUCGUUAAUCCUGACAGUGACCGCCCUGAUCUGAGCAACUUUAUGGAGAGUGGAGAGUGGGUCAUGAAGGAUUUCCGUGGCUGGAAGCACUGGGUGUACUACGCCUGCUGCCCAGAUACCCCCUACCUGGACAUCACCUACCACUUCCUCAUGCUGAGGCUCCCUUUGUACUUCAUCGUCAACGUCAUCAUCCCCUGCAUGCUCUUCUCCUUCCUGACAGGACUGGUCUUCUAUCUCCCCACAGACUCUGGUGAGAAGAUGACUCUGAGCAUCUCCGUCUUACUCUCUCUCACUGUGUUCCUGCUGGUCAUCGUUGAGCUGAUCCCCUCUACCUCCAGCGCUGUCCCACUCAUUGGGAAGUACAUGCUCUUCACCAUGGUCUUUGUCAUUGCCUCCAUCAUCAUCACCGUCAUUGUCAUCAACACACACCACCGCUCCCCCAGCACGCACACAAUGCCGGACUGGGUCCGCAAGGUUUUUAUUGAGACCAUCCCCAACAUCAUGUUCUUCUCAACAAUGAAACGCCCUGGAAAGGAGAAGCAGGCAAAGACCAUCUAUGGUGCAGAUUUUGACAUCUCAGACAUCUCUGGAAACCAGACCAAUCCCAUCCCCUACCAGUCUCCCAUCACUCAGAACCCUGACGUUCGCAGUGCCAUUGAAGGAGUCAAGUACAUCGCAGAGACCAUGAAAUCAGAUGAGGAAUCCAACAAUGCUGCAGAGGAGUGGAAGUUUGUGGCCAUGGUGUUGGAUCAUAUACUGCUGUGUGUUUUCAUGGCUGUGUGUCUCAUCGGCACAUUAGGAGUGUUUGCAGGCCGUCUCAUUGAACUGAGCCUGCUAUAAAAGCCUGUGCUUCAUUUUUUACCACUUAAAGUUUCUCAGAUUAACUGUGAGGACUCAAAGUCUACAUAUUCUGCAUGUGUCAGUCUUGAUUUUGUUUGCUUUUCUGUUGUUUGGAGAAUGCUUGUACUGUUUUUGUGUUUGUACCAGGAAAUAUAUCUUUGUCUUAUUUUCUAACAGAAAUAGUGUGCUCUUUUAUAAGUAAAUAUAUGUGUGGAAAUGAAAUGUUAAAAUGAUGGGGAACAAACAAAUAAAUGAUUU